AUGUCCAGACGAGGACCCAGCCCGGCAGAGAUGUCCAGCGGCCCCGUGGCAGAGAGCUGGUGCUACACUCAGAUCAAAGUGGUAACGUUCUCCCACGUGUGGACCGUCGACAACUUCAGCCGCUGUCCCGCAGAGAUGGGAGAGGUCAUCAAAAGUUCCACUUUCCACGACAAACUCAAAUGUAUAACAUCGCAGCUGUCUUUGGAUAUCUGUGAAACUGAUAGCAUUUUAUUAAAGAAGAGCCAGAGGGCGUACCGCUUUGUCCAGGCGAAGGACUGGGGCUUCAAAAAGUUCAUCGGGUGGGACUUCCUGCUGGACGAGGCCCGCGGGCGGCUGCUGCUGCCAGACGACAAACUGACACUGUUCUGCGAGCUGAGCGUGGUGCAGGACUUCCUGGGCCAUGACACGAUGGGCGCGGUGACGUUUUCUGACUGCCGUCCGGCCGAAGAGCUCAGGGGUUUGUGGGACAGUUCAAGAUUCACCAACUGUUCCCUGGAGUUCCAGGCGCACAAAGCCAUCCUCUCCGCCCGCCCGCCGGCGUUCAGUGCCAUGUUGGAGCACGAGACGGAGGAGAGCGAGGAUAACCGUGUGGAGAUAAAUGACGCGGAGCCAGAUGUCUUCAAAGAGACGAUGUGCUUCAUCUACACAGGCAAGGCCCCCAACCUGGACAAGAUGGCGGAUGACCUGCUGGCGGCAAAUGACAAGUACGCGCAGGAGAGGCUGACGGUGAUGCGCGAGGACGCUUUGUGGUCGGCGGAGAACGCCGCAGACGUCCUCGUCCUCGCCGACCAGCUCAAGACGCGGGCCGCGGACUUCAUCAGCUAUCACGCCGCCGAUGUGAUGGAGACGUCAGGCUGGAAGUCCAUGGUGAAGUCUCACCCACACCUCGUAGCGGAGGCCUAUCGCUCCCAGUGCACCUUCCUUGGACCCCAGGAGGAAAUGCCUCACACAGUCCUAGUGGAUCCGGAGAGAAACGGAGAGGUCCCUGAACCCACCGUGUGUCCUCCUGGACCAGCGACCUCACGGCUCCUCCCUCCACAGUCCUGCUCUCGCUGCCACAGCAUCCGGAAGACCAGGACUUUGUCUGGAUAUGUCUGAGGGAACGACUCCGCCGGGCAGAACAGAGACCGAUGCCACGGAGAAGGCGUAAUUCUGCGAGUCCGACGAGAGGAUGCAGGCGCUGGAGCUGACAUCAUUCCACAGGUCAUUUUCCGGACAUUUUCCGGACAUUUUCCGGAGUUCAUGUCUGAAAACAGCUGACGUCAAACUCCAAAAGACCAGAUCUCACGUUUCCAGUUCCAAUGCCUUCGGCCAUCUGUGCUUUCUCUUUCCAACGAGUUCUCCGCCGAACCCCCCGCUGCUCCCUCAACCUCCUCACUGCGCUGAAUUAGGGGGUGUGUUCUGACUGAGAGCUCGUCCACUGCGCGUCCACCUACACCUGCAACCAAGCAACGAUGAGCUACUCGCACAGCCAUGUUCUACUUUCCGGUCCCAGCGAUGCCGCUGUUUCGUCAGCUGAUCGGAAAAGAAGUGUCUCCUGCAGACUUUGGUGCCGAACAAAGCCUGUCGGGGAAAAUAUCAUCGCCACCGUGGGCGGCUGAGAACCAUUGAUUGGGUCUGUCACAACACAACAACAACUCCAAUUUCCCGUGGUAACAGAGGAACGCGGAAGCGCCAGCCAUGCAGGCAGUGAUCUGAAGCCCCCCCCCCGCUGCAAGAGUAUCGACGCACACACAACGUGCCGAGAUCGAGUCGUGGAGGCAGCCGGCUAAGCGGCGUGUGCCGCGCGUCCCCCUCCUCCUGGGGGAUCCCGAGGCCUCACAGGCCUGAUGAGAUAUGUCGCAGCUCCUGCGAGUUCUGGGUCGACCUCGUCCCCAGUGGGACGUGCGAGGUAAAUCCUCCAAAGGAAGGCGCCCAGGUGGCGUCAUGACAAGGUGCCCGGACACACGAAGCCCGCUCUUUGGGUCACUACCCAGAGUUCAUGACUACAGUGUCUGGCAGCUGUUUUAAACUCCCGACCUUUGCCCUCGACCUGCACUCAGACCCGUCUUGUACCAGGAGAACGUGGGGUCGAGCCUCUGAUGGUGCGAACGAUGGGCGGCACUGAAUUCCCCGGCGUGACGAGAGGAUGAAGUCAGGAGUGAUGACGGCAUCCGGAUGCUGCAGGAGGAGGAGGAUGAUGAAGAUUACAGACAAAGGGUUGGUCCUCUCCGUGGCAGGUCCAGCUAAACAUAGUGGUGGUCGAGUUUGAUGGGAACCCAAGCAGGUUCCGUGUAAACAAGGAGCUCCGGUGUGGAUGUUCCCCGGCUGUCGAGAGAUGAGUCAGACGCCAAACCGAACCUGGCGGAGGAACCACUAACCAGGCGCUGGGGAGGUGGGCGAGAGCCUGUCCCAUGCCUGUCAGACACACACCGGAUGUUGUCUUUCUAGCACUGCGACCUGAGUGUCGCCAUGACGAUGAAGAACCUUGAAGACUCCAGGGGCGGUGAGCUGGACAGCAGGCCUGUGCCAAGGAGACGGAUUAGCCACUGUCAUCGCCCUUUCCUCCCCUCGAGCUCCACGCACUCCAUCACGCCGACAGCGGGUCCCAGUCACCCCCCAACCUAAAGCCAAACACAUGUCAGACUGCGGAGAGACAUGCAGACGUUCAGGCAGUUUGCAAGUUCUUCUCUUUUUCCCAAAUGGUUCACUAAGUGAGGCAGGUCCGGUGUUUCUCGUGUCCCGUGACGGCAGAGACAAGCGGAGGGAGGCCGAUGAAUAUUUCAGCGCUGCUGACGCUGGCACUCGUCCCGA